AUGGGAAAAUCAUCAAAAGAUAAAAGAGAUAUAUAUUAUCGUAAAGCAAAAGAAGAAGGAUAUAGAGCAAGAUCAGCAUUCAAAUUGCUUCAGAUUGACGACGACUAUAAUAUAUUUGAAGGUGUUAAAAGAGUGGUUGAUUUGUGUGCAGCACCUGGAUCAUGGAGUCAAGCACUCAGUAGAAAGAUAUACGGUGAUGGUAGUGACCCAGAUGUCAAGAUUGUAGCAGUAGACAUUCAAGAGAUGGCACCUCUCAAAGGAGUAGUUCAAAUAAGAGGUGAUAUCACUAAACUAGAGACAGCACUAGAGAUCACCAACCAAUUUGACGGUAAACAAGCAGAUCUUGUAGUGUCUGAUGGUGCACCCGAUGUCACAGGUCUACACGAUAUCGAUUUCUAUGGUCAGAGUCAACUCAUCUUGGCAGCACUAAAUAUCACAACUCAUAUCCUCCGACCUGGUGGUUGCUUUGUUGCCAAGAUGUUUAAAGGUAAUGAUAUGACACUCAUGUACAAUCAACUACGAGUCUUUUUCCGUAGUGUUCAAUUUGUCAAACCAAAGAGUAGUCGUAACUCUUCACUCGAAGCAUUUGUCCUUUGUCAACAUUACUAUCCUCCAACUGAUUUUAAACCAACAAUGAUUGAUCCUGUCAUUGAUAGUUAUAAAGAAUUAUCUAAACAAUCAUUAUCACAAGUCAAUGAAUUUAUAGUACCAUUUAUUGCAUGUGGUGAUCUUAAUGGCAUCGAUUCAUUUAAUUUUACAACUUAG